GAUCCAACCAGUUACAAGUUCGAUCGUAGAGAGGCAAAUGAACUCUAUUAUAUUCAAGAUUUCUUUCUUGGAACUCCACCACAAGAAUUACAUCAAAUUCUCAUUGACACUGGUUCAUCUGAUUUGAUCGUAUUUCAAUCAGACUUCAAUCACGAAAAAUCAACAUCAUUCAUCAACAUCACAAAUGAAUUCACUGGAUUAUAUGGUUCUAUUGAUUUAUUUGAAAUGGCCGAAACUAAAGACAUAGUGGCAUCACCACUGAAUGGAUUAAUUUUACAAAAUAAGACUUUUGGAUUGGCUGACGUUGGUGUUUUACUGGAGAAGUUUGAUGCUGAAAAUGGCAUAUUGGGACUGGUUAUACUAGAACUGAAUUUGUCAGACCAAUUUAUAAUAAUUUCACUUAUUUGUUGAAGGAGCAAGGCAAGAUUAAGAGAAUAUUGUUUGCCAUCAAUGGUCAACCCAAUGCACCUCCGUCGAUUAUCUUUGGUGGUUUACAUGCAGGGGUAUAUGAAGAGCUAUUUACAAGAAUACCAUUAUUGCCAAGACUGGGAACAAUUGAAGAUUUUUACGUACCAAUGAUAACUGUUAACCAACUUAAGUUGGGAGAUACGGUUGUUUCCAAACAACUUUGUGCAUUUACAAUUGAUAUUAGUGCUGAUGUAUUUAUGCCUCCAACACUGGUAUAGGUUACUUUGCUAGCUGCAAUUGGAACUGAUAGACUUGAAGAUAACGAUGAAGGUCACAUUUAUUUCAACAUUGAUAGUUUUGAGGGUAGAUUAAUAGCACUUGAUGUUCAAGGAUUACAGUCUAACAUCAAGUUGACUGAUUUGAUUCAAGAUGAAAAAGUAGUUGAUGGAGUCACUUAUGUUGCUAUUCCACGAUAUUCUGUAUAUAUUGGCAUAAAUGCUGAUGCUGGUACAUUACCUGGUUUAUUGCUUAAGCAAUGGUGUAUGGUUUGGAAGUACGAUAAUCAUCAAAUGCAUCUUGCCAAAUACAAACCUGUGGGUGAGCAAGUCGAAGCAAUUAUUGAAGUGUUGAAUGGGUAUGAGUUACCAGUUGCUACACAAGAUGCACCAAAACCUAUGAACACGUAUACUGAAGUUUACCUAGCAGAUUUGGAAACCACUAUAGCCGUUGCAAAGACUACUCAGGUGACAAGUUCGGAGCUAGAGAGUAUAAAGGAAAAUGAGUUCCAACUGUAG